CUCUCAACGAUGGGAACAGUAUAACUGUUCAUCCUCCACACCUCAAGCAUACCAACAAAGCCGAAGCAAUCAUCAUCUCCAUCCACGGCUGAUCGACAUUCAUCCACUCAUACCUCUCGUACAAUACCUACAUUGAAUUGCAGGGUCUCCGCUGCCGCUCCGUCUUCUGUCUCGGCUUAUCAUAUUACAUCUACCAUGAUUCGCUUUAUUCUAGUUCAGAAUCGCCAGGGCAAGACGCGAUUGUCAAAGUGGUAUUCGCCCUAUGAGGACGACGAGAAGCUGAAGCUCAAGGGCGAAGUUCACCGUCUUGUGGCACCCAGGGACCAGAAAUAUCAAUCCAACUUUGUCGAGUUCCGUAACUUCAAGAUUGUGUAUCGCCGCUAUGCCGGCCUUUUCUUUUGUCUGUGCGUCGAUGCAAACGACAACGAGCUCGCAUACUUGGAGGCAAUUCAUUUCUUUGUCGAGGUCCUCGACGCCUUCUUUGGCAACGUUUGCGAGCUAGAUCUCGUCUUCAACUUUUACAAGGUCUACUCGAUCCUUGAUGAAGUCUUUCUCGCGGGCGAGAUUGAAGAAACGAGCAAAAAUGUGGUCCUGACACGGCUGGAUCACCUCGACAAGCUGUGAAAGAGAAAACCUAAGGACAAGCAGAUGUUGUUUUUUCCUCCUACACCAAUAUCAUGAAGGAUUAAGCGUAGAUCUAACAAUACGAUACCAUCAAUAAAGUAAAUCAUUUUGCACUCGCACA